AGGCUGCCACUAUCCUGUCCUGCCCUAAUCCCUCAGCUCUGUCUCUUGUGUUGAUGUUCAUCACAGAUACAGUGUAGGAACUCCAGACUAGACGGAAAAGGCUAUGGAAGAAUUUUAAGAUAGAUCUGAGGUUCUGUCGGGACACCGUCAAUUGGAUUUAAACUUCAGUUUGAACUCUUCCGGGGUGAAAUUUGCAGACAAGAUCUGAAAAGGACCAGCAGCACCACCACCACAACAACUAAAACCAGGAAGUGAAAUAAACACACAUUACUUGUGUGUCUCCUUUAACUUGCAUUUUAAGUCCAAUUCAUCAUGCUUAACUAAAAGAUCAAACUUAGAUUUUAUCUCACUUACUUACUUCUAAACAUUUACCACCAGUCUAGACCUAAUUAAUAAGCAAAACAAAGCCUGCUGUAAAAUUACCUGUAAAAUUAGCUCUUAGCCUGCCAAGAUGGCUGACCCCUACCAAAACAACACAUACCACCAAGGAGGGGGGGACAGCUAUGGGACUUACGGAGAAGGUGGUGGUCCUGAUGGAUACGGUUAUCGGGGAGAUUACCCUCCCCAGGAAGAGGACGCAGCGAGCGACGUGACUGAAGGACACGAUGAAGAGGACCAGAUGUACGAAGGAGAAUAUCAAGGGAUCCCACAUCCUGACGAGGUGAAAGCUGCACAGAGAGCCUCACGGGCUAAAGAUCGAGCAGCAUCCGGCGGGGUGGUCUCUGAACUGGAAGAGUUAUCCGAACAGUACGAGGACAUCAUGGAGGACUGUGGCCACGGGAAGUUCCAGUGGACACUCUUCAUCGUGCUGGGCCUGGCUCUGAUGGCUGAUGGAGUCGAAUGUUUCGUGGUGGCGUUCGUUCUACCAUCUGCAGAAAAAGAUCUGUGUCUCUCUAACGCAGAGAAAGGAAUGUUGGGUCUGACCGUCUUCCUGAGCAUGAUGGUGGGAGCGUUCUUGUGGGGCGGUCUGGCAGACAAAGUUGGCCGUCGGCGCUGUCUGAUCGUGGCGUUAGCGAUAAACUGCAUGUGUGCCUUCCUGUCUUCGUUCGCCCAAGGCUACGGAUUCUUCCUCUUCUUCAGGCUGCUAUCUGGCAUUGGUAUCGGUGGGACGGUGCCGAUCGUCUACUCCUACUUCUCCGAGUUUCUUCAGAUGGACAAGAGAGGAGAGCACCUGUCCUGGCUGUGUAUGUUCUGGAUGAUCGGUGGGAUCUACGCCUCGUUCACCGCCUGGGGAAUCAUACCCAGAUACGGUUGGGGGUUCAGUAUGGGCUCAGAGUUUCAGUUCCACAGCUGGCGGGUGUUUGUCCUGGUUGCAGCUCUUCCUGCGAUCGCUUCUCUGGUCGGACUCACCUUCAUGCCUGAGAGUCCCCGCUUCCUCCUGGAGAAUGCCAAACACGAUGAGGCGUGGAUGAUCCUGAAACAGGUCCAUGACACCAACUGGAGGGCCAAGGGGCAGCCAGAGAAAGUCUUUACUGUGACUCACAUCAAGGCACCCAAGACAGCAGAGGAUGAGUUCAUAGAGAUCCAGAGUGCUACAGGAACGCCCAUACAGCGGUGGGCUGUACGCUCACUAACACUCUGUAAACUGGUGCUGAGGAACAUAGCAUCGCUCCUGUCUGCAGAACUGAGGUUUGCCACACUCUUCAUGGCCAUCAUCUGGUUCUGCAUGGCUUUCAGUUACUAUGGUCUGUCUGUCUGGUUCCCUGACAUGAUAAAACACCUUCAGAAUGAAGAGUACGAGGCCAGGGUGAAGGUGUUCCACAGAGAACGAGUGGAGAACUUCCAUUUCAACUUUUCUUUAGAGAACCAAAUACAUAAAGAAGGAGAAUACAUCAAUGACAAGUUCAUCAGUAUAGAGAUGAAGUCAGUGAAGUUUGAGAACUCACUGUUUGAAGACUGUCGCUUUGAAGACAUCAGGUCCACAGACACUGUGUUUGAGAACUGCACCAUCCGUUCCACUGUCUUCAGUAACACAGACCUGUGGGAGGAGAAGUUCAUCGACUGUAGGAUGGACAACACCACCAUCUUCGAGCACAACAAGAAAGGCUGCCACCUGGACACCGUGGAGGAGAACGACGUUCUCAUUUACCUGGUCAGCUUCCUGGGCAGUCUGUCAGUGUUGCCAGGCAACAUCAUCUCAGCCCUCUUCAUGGAGAAGAUCGGCAGAGUCAAGAUCAUAGGUGGCUCCAUGCUCAUUUCAGCCGGCUGCACCUUCUUCCUCUUCCUGAGCUUCAGCCAGUCAGCCAUCAUCGCGCUGCAGUGUCUGUUCUGUGGUGUGAGUGUCGCUGCGUGGAACGGCAUCGAGGUGGUGACUGUAGAGCUGUACCCCACCUCCAAAAGGGCCACGGCGUUCGGCGUGCUGAACGCUCUGUGUAAGCUGGCGGCCGUGCUUGGCAGCUCCAUCUUCACCAGCUUUGUGGGCGUCACCAAAGUUAUCCCCAUCCUGCUGUCAUUCACUGCGCUGGUGUGUGGCGGACUGGUGGCCCUCAAACUACCCGACACGCGAGACAAAAUCCUCCAGUGAGAUGUCACUGAUGGUUAGUAAAAGGGGAGUGAGAAGCCAAAAACAUAUGCGCUUAGUGUUGGAAGCUUUGUGAAUUGGAUUUGGCUUCAGGAAGCAGCUUGUAUCUAUUCAAUGUAAAAUGCCAGACUCUUGUUUUUCUUUCACGUGAACCGUUUUCAUUGUGUACAGGCUUUAAAGAGGCUGGGUUAUCUCUCCAGACUGGCAAAACGUGUUUAUAACUGUUCAUUAAGACACCCUGGAUCUACUAACCGCCUGAUGAUGAUGAUGAUGAUGAUGAUGAUGAUGUAAAUGAAGAAUAAUGCUAUUUUCUUGUAAAUCUAACUCGAGGUUUAAGUCAGAUGAUCUAACUGGACGUCGUAUCAUCUGCUUCUUGUCUUUCUGUCCGUGCAUGAUAGGGACUGAUGUCACAUCCUGGCCAAAUGUGUUGUGUGUCGCACUUUUUUCACCCGUGUGUUGAAAUGAUGAAGGUGUGUUGAAGUUCCCCUCCACCCUCAUUUAUACUUGAAACAUUUUCUUGCAGUGUUGUUAUUUGGAGUUUUGGAUAGAUGUUUUUUUUUUUUUUUUCUGGACCUGAUGGAAGCCCUGUAUAGACCAGGACCUGUUAGAUAAAAUUUGAGUAUGGUAAUGUUGUUUUUUUUAACCUUUUGAUGCAACAACAUGGGUCUAUAGUGACCCGACUGAGUUUUUAUUUUCUAUAUCUUUGCAAUAAAUUAAUUUCAUCAUUCAGUAUUAGAGGGCCGCCUGGAAUGCCCUGCUUAGCCUGCUGCCCCCGCGACCCGGCCCCGGAUAAGUGGACGAGAAUGGAUGGAUGGAGUAUUCCAGGUUUUCCUCAAUCAACUUGUUUUUGAUCAUCAUACAUCCUAAUUAUUUGUUUUCAUUUCUUACUAUUUGAGUAAAAACCCUUUUUGUAUCACUACGCUUCUAAUGCACAUCAUGGGUCAACUAUCUCAUUAUAGGGUAUUGUGUGUAUAAUUUGAAGGAAAAAUGAAUUUAUUCAAUUUUGGAAUAAGUCUUUAACAUAACAACAUGUGGAAAAAGUGAAGCGCUGUGAAUACCUUUCAGAUACACUGUAUGUGUGA